CUCGGCCCUUCUCUCCUCACGCUCGGGGCUCUCCUCGGGGUGCCGUGGCCCGCCCCGUUUGCACGUGAGGCGGCCGCUUGCGCGGUAAGCUUGAGCCUCUCGCGCUCCCGUCCGGGCGCCGCUUGUUCGCGGAGCACUGGCGGCCGCCACAGCGGCUCUUCCUUCGCCGCUGCCAUGUCCGCCCCGGCCAAAGCCGCCGGUGCACUCAAAUCCGUGGAUUACGAAGUCUUCGGGCGUGUGCAAGGUGUUUGUUUCAGGAUGUACACAGAACAGGAAGCCAAGAAAUUAGGAGUGGUUGGCUGGGUUAAAAAUACCAGCCAAGGAACCGUGACAGGCCAAGUUCAGGGCCCAGAAGAGAAAGUGAAUGAAAUACUCCUCAGCAGCCAAGGAACCUCCUCAGGAGGUUUGUGGCGGUCCCCUCAUUCUCCAUAGACUUGUCCUGCCAACCUGCUGGAUAUCAGCUUUGCAAAGAAAGACUGAGGAUCCUAGUGGACACCAAGGUGUCCCUGACCAGCAGUGCUGUGGGGGCCAGGAAGGCUGAAGGGACCUCGAAUGCAUUGGAAGAACAUUCCCAAAAGGUCAGGGAGGGAAUCCUGCCCCUCUGCCGAGCCCUGGGAGGCACAUCUGGAGCGCUGUGUCCAGUUCUGGGAUCAACAGGACAGGAGGCACAGGGAGCUCCUGGAGCAGGACCAGCAAUGGCUGCAGAGAUGAGGAAGGGCCUGGAGCAUCUCUGUGCCCAGGAGAGGCUGAGGGAGCUGGGGCUGCUCCAGAGGGGCCCUCAGCCCUGAGUGUCCCUGUCUGCAGGGACCAGGCUCUGCUCCAGGGGGCCUAGCCAUGGCACAAGAUGAACAGGCAGGAAUUGAUUCCACCUGGACAGGAGGAAGAACUUCUUGGAACACUUUGUCCAAAGAGGUUGUAGAGUUUCCCUCUCUGGAGAUGUUCCAGAACCAGCUGGAUACCAUCCUGUGUUGUGUGUUCUGGGAUGGCUGGACUGAGGGACUGUGGUCCCUUUUCACCUGACCCAUCCUGGGAUUCUGAUUCUGCCAGUGUUGAUGCACAUUGUGGCUGUUUGGAGCAUAAAACCAGCACAUGUGGAGCUCAGGUGUUGUGGAGAGCUGCUGCUCUACUUUGAUCUGUGCAGAUUUAGGCACACUGGUCUUGCUCAUACUCACUCUUUGCCACAUUUAACUCUGCUCUAAACCAGUUUUGUAGGUCUCAUCUGUCCUUUUUGCCGAGUUCCUAAGUCAACAUUGUGCCACCAAGCAGCAGAGUGCUGGGAACAUAGAGCUGUCACUUAAGGUGUGCAACGGACUGUAGAUAUGGUGAGGUAGCCUUGAUUUGUAAGGGUGGUGAAGAGAGACAAAAAGGUUUAUCCACAUAGAACUGAAUGGGAGAGCUACUCCUUACUCUGAAUUAAGUGCUCCCUGCACCCUCUUUAGUGUUUCUGCUUAGGUCUGGUGUUCAGCCGGGUUUCCAUCAGAGUUGUGUGGCUGCUCUGUUUAAAUGUGGCAGCUUUGAGGUGCUUAUGGUUCAUGUUAAAGCUGUAGCCACGCAACCAUUUUUGUCCCAUGUGCUCGUGGUAAAUGUAAUUGUGUUAAAAUUAUACAUGCAGAUAAAGGCCUGAGUUGUACAUGCAUAGUUUUCUGUUCUGGCAAUUGGUUCUCCUUAGGGUUCUCCCUGUUUGUUUUCUAAUUAGUCUUGUAAGGGUUGUAAACAUGUUUAGGUGGAAUAAAGAAGUUUUGUUUUCUGUCCUGUUGCUUCAGGGUUCGGUCAGUUGCUGUUUUCUGGUCACCCCAGCCGUGCAUCAGUUGGAUACCUGGGAACAAUGUGUGUCAUUUCCCAAUGAAAUCAGUGGUUUGUGUUUUGUGAAAGGUGAGGAAUUGUCAUCCUGUUACCAGUUCUUGGGAGCCAUCCAGCAUUUUGGAUCUGUGGGUGCUCUGGGGUUUGGAGAGAAUCUGCUCCAGCAAUUCAGAGCGCUCUAUCUCUAAAUACAGGGAGAGGAGUCAAAGUUUGCUUUUACCAGCACCUACAACUUGAUUAGCUGGGCAGGUUUUUCUGCCUGUUUCUGUCCUUUUGCUGCUGCUGCAGGAGCAAGGCAAGGCAGGAGAUAUUAAUAUUUAAUGAAAUUUUCUGAAACUCAACCGUAAUCGUGUUGCUUUUUAGCUGGAGGUAUCGCUCCUUGAAGUUCCUGCUGGAUCUCUUUGUCUGAGAAGCUCAGCCCAGAUUUCUCAAGCUGGUAGACUUAAUCUUUGAGUUAGUUACAUUACCAGUUGUUUGGGUAUAUUUGUAGGGGUUCGGACUCUUGGCUUAAAAAUAUUUAUAAGUAAACAACCAGAGUAGAGAAUUAUUCUAGUGGUUAGGUUUCCUAGAUGGUCACUGAGCUGCUUCUUAACAUCUUCACCUUGAAGAUGAAGGACCCUUAAGAAAUGGACCCAUCAAUACUUAGGAAUUUUGGGACUUUGUCUUCCAGUAUUAGGAAAGGUAAGUCAUGAAAAAUGUCCAACAGUUAAAACUGGGGUGAAAAUAAUGAUUUAAAGCUAAAAUGUAGAGCUAAAUUUAAAGCUAAAAUUUUGAAGUAGAGUUUACAUGAGAGGGUUAAAAAUUAAAGAAAUGUCAUACUGGAUCAAUAUAUGGAUAAAUGAGCAAAAUUGCAUAAAGAGAAGGUUGUUUCUAUUGUGGAGUCAGAGGAGAAUGAAGGAGCCAGAAGGAUUUACAUCACAAUAGUAGAUCUGUCAAUAAUUGAAUCAUGAACUUGUUUCCAUUGUUUCACUAAACAAAUAGAUAUGUAGGCAAGCCUGUGUUGUCCUCUACUAAGUUUAAAGCCAAAAUGGAUGUUUUAAUUAAAUAAAAAAAUCCUUUUUGCUGCUUUAAGUUGUUCUCUGAUAGAGAUACGUUACUUUUACUUUACUUGCAGGCACUUUCCUAAUAACCCUUGUGCUGUUUGUCCUGUAGCAAAGGAGCUGGAGAGCCAAGUUCCAUGUGGGAAUUCUGAACUUGUAAAUGCAAGGUUCUGGCUUUAUUUGGUCCCCACAGUCCAUGUGCAGAAUUUCAUACAAGGGCAGGAAGGUGGUGGAUGUAAUUUGAAUUAUUUAUUUAAUAAUUUGUCAAAUUCUGUGGCCAAAUGCCCUUGAUUGCAAAGGAAACUGAUGCAACAGCUCUGGAUUAGGUUGGUUAUGGCAUUGUGUGUUUAAUGCUUGGAACCAGCAUUACAGGUGUUCACUGGCUAAUGGAUUCCUAGAAGUCCUUGUUGACUGGGUUCUGGCAUCUGUUGACUUCUCAGUGCCAGGAUUUCCAGUCUCUUGGAAGAGUUUGGUUUGCCUAAAUAAUUGAGUAUGUCUGUCCAAGAGGAAAUGUUCUCUGGUGAUUAGUAUCCAAGAGUUUGAGGGAUGACAUGUUUUAAAACUGAAUGUCUUUGGAAAUGGAAACCUAUAUGUGGUUGAGAAUAUAUUCUUUGUGGAGUUGUCACAGUCAAGAUUGGCUUUUUAUAUUUUUUUUUACUCUAGGUAUAAAUGCAUAUUUGCCCUCAGUAGGAUCUGUUAAUACAGUAGCAGCAGUUGUGCUGCUUCAGAUGUCUUUGCAUGUGUGUUUGCUGAUGAAAAUUCCAGCAGAAUAAGCAACCACUCAUUUCUCCAAACACAGGAGAAGGAUUCAGCAUGAUGUAAGAAAUGGGACUGACUCUGCGCUCCUGUCUUAGUGCUGUGCUGAAUGAAGUGAGUGAUUCCUGCUUGUUGAUAUUAUAAAGGAUGAAAUUAGGUUUCUGUGCCUUUGGAAAGACUUCCAGUGAUUCCUCCUUUUACUGGUACCCAGUCUGAGAGCCUGGAAUGUGACUCAAGAGGUGAUGUGCUCUUGAACUCCUUCCUGAUCUGAGUUUGGUGGUAAAAUCUGUCAUAUCAUCAUAAAUAUUCAUAAAACUCAGUCCUUAUCUCAGAGAGGGAAUUCCUGGAGGCUUUUAGUGCCUUUAUCUGGAGGCAGAUCUGUGGUCAAGCCACUCUCUUCAUCCCACACAUGCUCUGUCCUGAAUUUCAGUGCAGCUGCUGUGAAGUUCAUCUUUAACUGAUAUGAUUUAUAUAGUGUUUGGACUGUUUUUUCUGGACAGUCAGGCAGCUUGUUUUUAUAAAAAGCAUGAUGACAUGAACUGUUCUGACAUGAAUUUUGUGAAAUUAUUUUUUCACAGCAGCUCCCCCAGUCAUACACUGCUAAUGUUUGGAAGUUUGCAUAAUUCCUCCUAUAAAUUAUUACUUUUGUUGUUUUGCUUCAAAGGUCUUGGUGUUGCCAAAAACUGAAAACAUAUUUUAUUCUCUGUGCACUUAGAAAUGCUCAAAUAAACCAUGAGCAAAAAUCAAAGAGCCUGGGCUUGCCUUUUGAAAGGUUUUAUUCUAGGAAUGCCUCUGUGUCUUCUGUGCAAGGGCUUCAGCUCCCUCCCUUUGGAAAUCUGUCAGUGAAAGCACCAAGGAGCUUCAAGUUGACAGUGAAAUGAGUUGAGGGCUUUUCUGAGAUACUUGCACAUAAAUUCCAGUAAAAUGAGCCACUGGUUAGAUUUGUGGCUUUCAAGGAUUUUGUUGUAGUUCUCAAUUCACAUCCCAACCCAUGUAGCUCCUGCAGCAGCUGGACUCCAUGGGAAAGCCAUAGGAACAACUUCGAAAAGAGGGAAGGGAAAAGAAGAAAAUGGCAUAAAUUACAGAAAACAAAUGAGAUGUUUGAUACUUCUGGACAGACCCUGAAGCUUGAAGGAAAAAAGGAAAAAAAACAGGAAGAUGGAGUUUAGGAAGAUAUUUAUGCUUUGCCAAUAAUUCUCUUGUUACCAAGCAUCUCACAAAAUAUCAAAACCUGUGUAUUAAGGAAUUAUGAAGCAUAAACAGCAAAAUUAAAAAUUUCUACUUGUUAAUAUAAGACCUAUUUGGGAAUACUUACACAGUAUGAAAUAAUCUUCCAAAGAUAGUUUCUUUUGAUUUUGAUAUUUCUUUCUUCUGUAAGUUGUAGCUCUUUGUUUAGGUUUUGUAAAAGCAGACACCAAGUCUAUCUCCCUGUCCCUAGUAAAUGUUGACUUCAGUAGAUACAAGAUGCUGUUGACUUCGGUGGAAAUAAGAUACUGCCUUAAGUAGAAUACUGCUUUUAUUCUGAUUUUUUUGCAGUCUGGAGCUCUCACUACCAAAAUCUUGUACUGUUUACAGGCAGAUUUGGAAUGAGCAGGAGAAUGUCCAAACCCAUGGGACAUUUAGGUGGAAAGAUGAAGCCUCAAUUAUAAUAAAAUCAAUCUGGUUUGUUUUCAGUACAUGGUAACUUCAAGUAGGAAGUUCCAGAGCUACCUUGGGAAAGUGAGAUUUUGGUAUUUCCAGUAUGGCUUAAUUUUGUAUGAAAAAAUAUUCAAAGAAAUCUAUUUCUUGAUUCAUUCAUUUUAUCACUGUUGCAGAUAAACAGAAUGUUUUUAGGUAAGUACUCUGAAAAUCAGUAUUGUAAUAAAGGCAUGAUGUAGUACAACACUGAACAGCAAGAACACAUAUCAGAUCUCAUUUCAGUAUGUAUUAAAAGCCCCGUUUAACAAUUUUUUUACACAAAGAAACAUUGAACUGGGAUACUUCUUCAUGCUCUGAUGGCUUCCUUAAAUAGCUGGGAGCUUUAAGUGUGUUUAUUUUUCUUCAAUGAGUAUAUCUAUAGUGACAGAUCAUGGACCCCAGGAUCGGCUUUGCCCUUGGCAUGCUGUGGUGAAAAAGUAUUUUCUAUCUAUUUUUUUAAUAUUAAUAGAAAGUAUAAAGCCCAACAAUUAGAGAUGUUGCAAUGUAGACUUUGAGGAAAUCAAGUAGCCUUGGCUGAAUUAUAUUUGGUUUUUGUUUGAUAUCUCAGCAUCCCUCCUGUUGGAGUGGUUUGGGAUCAGGGCUUGAAUGGCUUCAUUGGGAUGAUGUGUUUAAUACCUGCCUGCAGAGAGUGAAAGGAUAACUUCAUGGAACUUGGAACGCCAGAGAGAAAUGAAAUUGAGAUUAGAUCUGCCAGAAAUGGUAUUUUGAAUACAGGUGAAGUCAUAAGAAAAACAUGAUAAAGGAGUAAUGUGUUGAAGAAUGAAAGUUAUUUUCUUACUGUAAGUGGAACACAAUUCCUUGGGCUGUGGUUCUGGAAAGGGCUGUUUGCUUCCAUGGGGUCCCUGAGGGACAGCCUGGCCCAUCCCAUCCUGGAGCCCCUCCUGCCUCAGGCUGUUGUGUCUGGAGCUUUACCUCAAGGCAGAGCAGACAGAGGGUCUUGGGGAUAUAUGAUGGAAACAAUAAAUAAUACAUAUCCUAGUCCUUCCUCUGCUUUCCAGGGAAUAUUGUGUGUGCAUCCUGUGGAUAACAGGUGCAGUGUUCCCUGCCUUGUAAACACACCCUGCUGGAUGCACUCUGUGCUCUGGUGUGCUGGAAAUCACAAGGAGCACUUGUCAAAUCAAGAACAGAAUCCCUGCAACAUCCUUACGUUAAUUUUUUGCUUUCUGCUUGUUGGAGCUAUAUCUGUAAUACCAAAAAAAAAUUAGGCAUUACGAAAGUAAGUCUUGAUAAAGCUCAAAUUUUCUCAGCUUAUAAAUUUUAAGCAGACUAUUAGCUAGUGGAAUCCACUUGGUGUUUUCCUGAACACUUGUGCUCUCUAAUGUUAUGUAUUUAAAACAUUUUCUUGUUGCUCUUAUGUUCUGAAAUGUCUACAAUGUUAUAUCACAGUUGCUUUAAAAAAAGCAGUUGGAGAUGGGAGGUUAAAAGGUGGGGGUGUAACUGCUUCCUUGGAAAGUGUGCAAUUUAAAUUAACAAAUUAAAUCACAUAGUGUAAAAUCGGGGAAAAAAUAGAGCUGAGCUGGCUGAAUGCUUUGGAAAAAAAUCUCAAAACUCUUUUGCAAACUAAGGAUAAAAAGAGACCUGAAGUUCUUAGUUGUAGGCCAACCUUGUUAGCUUGUGAAAUAUUCCAACAGAGGCAUUCUAGGAAAAGAUAAAUUUAUGUGCAGUCACUGCAACACUGAGCAUGUUAAAUAUUGGCCCUCAGACUUGCUCAGAGCUCUACAGGAGGAUGAUUUAAAAGUGUUGAUGCUUUCCUUUAAGGCCUUUAUAAUUGGAAAUGGCAACUUCUCAGUGAGACUUCUAACUCUUUUAUUUUUUCAGUCCUUCAAGUAUGCAAAGAGAUUUGUAAAGUAAGGGGGACUUUUGAGGAAAGUAGAAUCCCGCUGCUUGAAGGAAUUCGCUCCAGUUUAGCCUGGCAUUAUUUUUAGUUGUUGCAUAAUAGUAAAUUAUUCUUCAGUGUGUCUCCCGUGAGGAGAUGCAGCAAGUGUGGAACUGUGGGUGUUGUUCCUCGUGGCUUUUGUGUCCGGCUGAGCUGUGGGACUGCACAACAGCCAAGUGUUGUCUUUCAGAUUCCUGACUCUGUUCGUCAGCUGGACUCAUGGCUCUUGGAUUUCUGCCAGGCUGUGUAAGGACAUGGGUUUGAAGUCAAGCUGAGCUGGUCAAGUGUGGUGAUUCAUUAUGGCUCUGAAAUGGCCAGUGUAAGGGUUUAAUUAACAUUUUGAUGGGUAAAGUUGGUCAGAGGCUCAAGUCCUUUAGUCCUUGUUCAAUCUUAUGUGGGUGAUGGGUGCUGAGCAUUAGAAAGAGCUGUUCUUUUGUUGAUGCCCUAACAACAACAGUUCCUCCUCAUUUAAGCUUCCUGUGGCCUUGGCUUUAAUAGAUGUGGAAUGGCAGAGAACCCUGAGUGCUGCUCUGUGCAGUGGGUGGGGUUAGCCAAAAUUCGCAGUGAGCCUGGGGAGCCAAGGUCCCUGUAGGGGCAGACAGAUUCCAGGGAGAAAACACAAUGGGCCUUUUGGCUGCUGCUGGCUUCCCGGGAUGUUUGCUGCUCUGGGAGACAGGACACAAGCUUAACUGGAAAUUCCCUUUGUCUCCUGCUUUUCUGUAGGUCAGUGUGGACAUAAAAGCUUUGUUUGAGUUACUGGAAUGGCUGAAUUUGGGUUUACUUUUCACUCACUUCUUUACUUUGGAACAAAUGACUGCAGUGUUGCUGAGAUUUUUCUGAUAAGAUCUCUGAAAGAAGCCAAAAGUGACUUGCCUAACAUGGCCUAAACAAAGAGGUAUGCUGAUAAGUUUUAAUAAAAAUAUACUUAUGAUCUCACGAUGAAAUGAUUAAAUCCUCCUUGAAGGUUACCAAGAUGAUUAACAGGAAAAUGCACAACAGAUCUUGGCAUUGUCUAUGACAAAACCAAAACAACUCCAGGCUUGGUUUCUAUCAUUGUGGGAUAAUUCCUUCUCUUUAAAGUAAUAGGUGAGGACAUUUAGCAUAGAUCAGAUACCAGUGUCAGAGUGGAUUUGAGGUACAUAGAGCCAAAUUCUCCCCUGAUGCAAACUGGCCGUGAUCACUUCUACAUUAAAAAAGCCUUGCCAAUACCAUACAGAAUGUGAUGAUUAACACAUAAGUCACUUUUCUCAAGUUUAUAAAUAGAAAUUCACCGCCAAAAUGUGUAUUUGAGGCUUACUCAGGGCCGUGUCCCACAAGAUCUGUAAAAUCUCAGAUCCUGCUGAUCUGCCCUUGCUGUUGACAUCCUUUCCAAUGUAUCUCGAGGAAAAGCUCAUUGUGCAUUCCCAAGGGAAAUGCUGCCCCUGAGUGCAGCAAGGAAGGAAGAAAUAUAAACAAAUUAACAACAUUCAUCUGACAGCUGUGUUUAAAAACAGAGUCAAACACCAGUUUUGAUUAACUGCCUUUCUCUCCUUCCUCAAACACUUCCAGACCUUGUGUUAAAUCCCCGAUGGGCCGAGGCAUUCCUGCUGUUGGGAUGCAUGGAGCAGCCAGGCUCCCACACACCUCCAGGCUGCUGCUCUAUUCUGGGCCACCAUGCCCACGUCUCAGCAGGUCCCUUCAUUUCCAGCCACCCACUGCUUGGUCUGUAUCCUUCAAUCCUGCUGCUUCUGCUUCCUUUAAUCCUCUGGAGUAACCCCUCACUUGGCUUGGAUGUGGUGGGCUCUGGUGGGGCCAUCCCAAUAAUGGGGUUAAAAUUCCUCUUCCUUGCACUUUGCCUGGUUCUCAAAUCCCAGUAUUCCCAACACACUUCUUUGCCAGGGUUUUUAUUUUUCCUGCUACUUUUUCACAGCAAGAAACCCUAUAAAUUUUCUUUACAGUUACCUAUUUUCCUGUCGGGAGGAGCUGAGGUGUAUGACAAUAGCAAUGGCUCUGCAGUAAGCUGGGGAGGGCAAGGUGGGAGGUGUCUUUAUGCAGAGGAAUUUUGGGUUUAUAAAAACAAAGGUUUUUAAGUAAAUGUUCCUGGCCCUAAAGAUUACAGAGCAAAGCUUGAAAACUGUGGCUGAAGUUCUUUCCAAAAGCUCAGAAUCCAGACAGCCAUCAUAGAGAAUUCCACAUUUCUUCUGCAGACAUUGAAAUAUCAGGAUUUAUGAAAAUUGGACAGUGCUGUUGCAGAAGGCAAAAAUAUUUUUGGAGGGAUUUUAUAAAUAUUUUCAAGCCUGGUCUAUAUGCUGUCACAGAUGUAAAUACAAUAUUCAAAAAGUAACAUUCUCUGCAGUAUUUAUCCUAAACAAAGGGAAAUAAAGUGUAAACAAGCCAGUGCCAUUAUUUUCUCUUCCUCUAAAUAAAAGCACAGGUUUCUCCUGUUCCACUUAAGUGACACUGUGCUUGUGGUGAAGAGAGAGGAAUGUAUUCUUAACCUGUGCCUAGUUCCUCAUUAAUGCUGGAGGGCAUUUCCAGGUCCUUCCCUAGCACCACACACUGUAAAUUUCUCCAGUAUCAGGAUAAAAGUUUGUCUUUUUGCGAACAAAAAAUGAACUAUUGCAGGAGUAGUUUUCCUAUUGUAAAGAAAUACUUCAGAGAAUAAUGCCAAGCAAGCUGUUUAUUUUAGAAAGAUCUGUUUUGUGGCAGAGAUUGGAGUUAAAAAAUAAAUAUUGUUCAGGCAAUCAGAAAGCUACUCUGUUAUUGUAGUAUUUCAAGCACAGUGGGUCUUAGGGCUGUGCCAAUGUUAUUAAUUAUUAUUAUUAAUGAUGGCACUUUAAUGCUGUGCUUUAGUUGACAAGAUGGUGUUUGGUCAAAGGUUGGAAUCUGUCUGGGAGGUCUUUUCCAGCCUUGGGUUCUGUGAUUAUCCUGUGUUGCAGAGAUGUAACUCCUUAAAUAACUUUUCCAGGGAGCUCUCCAGAUACCUGGCCAGGCUCCAUUCUGCCAAGUUAACAGGUAGGAGUGUUUUCCUGCUUGGAAUACUGUGCACAGCUAGGCUGUUUCCACAAGGAUAUGAAGUGGGAUGGUGAAAACCCAGCUCUCUGGAUGUUGUUUUCCUAGAACAUGUGGAGUGGGAAGGACUCUGUUGCCUGGGUGUCAAGGCAGUGUCUCUUAGCAAGGUUUGUUUUAGUUAAUGAAAGGAGAGAAGGGAAAGAGUGACAAAUCAAAUUGUUUAAAGUUCCUAGGAGUAUCCCCCAUGAACAUGGGGAUUGGGAAGCUGUGUGGUUUGGUUGGGAAGCUGUUUCAGGAGCACUGGCUUCUCCCCUGGUCAGGGAGGUUUUGUAACUCAGAAAUCCAUGGUUAUUCAUGGCUAACUCCGUGGGAUCAGAGCAUGGCCAAGAGUGAUUUCAUGGACAGGCAGUGCUUGGGCUGGGGAGGGACUGUUUACAGGGGAAUGGCAUGACAGGACUAGGAGGAAUGGCUUCAGAUU